AUGCUGAAAGGAGAAGAACACCACACUCUGAACGCUUUGAGUUACUGCGCGUUCUUCGCGCAGUUCUUUGGGUAUUUCAUUCUGAGCGGUUUAAUUGAAGUGUGGUUCUACAGAAAGCAAAGCCAACAGGAACGCUCGUGGAAGAUACAACCUAACGGACGGAACAAAUGGCCUGGGAUUAAACAAAGUCAUAAAAACAACAGCUUCUUUGUACUUUCUAUUCCUUUGCUGGAUUUCUUCUUCUCGAGCGCAGGAGCAACGACAACAGCAUCAACAACGCAGAGGCACUCGAAACACAAGACGUUUGCAACUCUGAAUUUAGUCGUUUCAAGUCUCUUCGCUUUGGUGGUUACAGAGCUCACCGUGCGGGGAAAGUCGAGCUUGAAAGAAUCCACGAUUAUGAGUACCGAUACGAGCGCGUGUGAAAUAGGUAUCGGCUUGUUCUAUGCGCUGCUGUUACAGUCGACGUUGGAAUAUCCUUGGCACCGAUUGAUGCACUACAAAUAUUUUUAUACGCGGAUGCACAAAUACCAUCACGAAUACAAAAGCCCGGUGGUAUACUGCGACUUGUUCAUUCACCCUUUGGAGGCUAUCGGGUAUUAUUGUAUUUUAUAUUCGCCGGCGUUUGUGGUGAAAAACUUACCGAAAGAGUCGUUCUUGUUGUACAUGGCGAUAGUAGGUGUAUUUGGCGUUCUCGACCAUUCGGGGGUGGAUUUUCGCUUUCCUUGGUUUCUCUUCUCCUACGAAGCGAGGUUUCAUGACUUGCAUCAUAAACAUUUCAACGUCAACUACGCGUUCCCGUUCCAAUGGCCGGACCGAAUUUUUGGUACCCUCAAAAAAGUAGAGAAGUGA